AUGCAUGUACUGGUGUGCGUUGGGCAGGGCGAGACCGGGCCGGCUGCCCCUGGGGCCACCCUGUACCCUGCAGGCAAGCGGCAGGCCAGGCUGGCUCUGCCUGCCCUGCUCGUCGCCUUGGACUCAGGCUCCGUGGACACCGACACCAUAGAGGCAGCCCUGGCACAGGGCGCCACCGGCAUUGUGCUGGUGGAGGACGCCCAUGGCCCCGCAGCCCUGUAUGAGGCGGCCGUCGCCGCGCUGUCAGCGGUGCGAGGGCGCUGCCCCGUGCUGAUCAGGGACCGCGUCGACGUGGCCUCCGCCACGGAGGCCGAUGGCGUGCUGCUGAUGCGCGGGGCGCUGCCCGUGCUGGUGGCCAAGCGCAUGCUGGGAGGCGGCGGCGCGCUGGUGGGCGCCGCGGUGGGCAGCCGCCAGGAGGCCUCCAGGGCGGCGGCCGACGGCGCCUCCUUCAUCGUCGUCCAGGAGGACGCUGCGUCCUCCAGCGGCGGCAGCGCCUCGGCCGCCGAGCUGAUGGGCUCGUACCGCGAGGCUCAGCGCAGCUCCACCAGCAUUCCACUUUUGCGCAGCCUGGAGGGCCUUCGAGCCGAGGGCCCCGCCCUCGACAGUCACCUGGCAUCAGCAGACGGCGCUGUGCUUGCGCAGGGGUCGCACGCCCUGGUACCGUCUGUUGCCGCCGCGCUCGGCCGGGCGGGGGGUGGAGGCUCGGCCUCGGCGGCUGUGCGGCAAGCUGGGGCCCCUUCCAAGCAGACGCCUGGAGGAAGAGGCAGUGACGACGAGCUGGUGGAGCGGGAGAGGGAGCUCCUGCAGCGAGUCCUGGCCUUCGUGGGUCAGGCCACCCCUUCGCUGGAGGGCCAGGACCUGGUGAGGGACGCGCUGAGUCAGCUGGACGACCCCUUCCUCAUCGUGGUGGUGGGCGAGUUCAACAGCGGCAAGUCGGCGGUGAUCAACGCCCUGCUGGGCGAGCGGGUGCUGGCGGAGGGGGUGCUGCCCACCACCAACGAGAUCAGCCUGCUGAGGUGGCGCGAGCCCGGCAGUCAGCAGCCCGAGGUCCAGCAGGAGGCGGACGGUAUUUUCACACGCUACCUGGGCCUGGACCUGCUGCGGCGGCUGAGCAUCGUGGACACGCCGGGGACAAACGUCAUCCUGGAGCGGCAGCAGCGGCUGACGGAGGAGUACGUCCCCCGCGCCGACCUGGUGCUCUUCGUCAUGUCCGCGGACCGCCCCUUCACGGACAGCGAGGUGCGCUUCCUGCGCUACAUCCGGCGCUGGGGUAAGAAGGUCGUCUUCCUGGUGAACAAGGUGGACGUGCUGGGGGCCGAGGGUGAGGUGGAGGAGGUGCGCGCCUUCGUCGCCGCCUCCGCGGAGCGCGUCCUGGGCCUGCCCGCGGCGGGGGGCCUGCUGGCGCGGGGCGGGGAGAGCGGCCGGCUCAAGCUGGAGACGCCCAUGCAGGUCCUGCGCGCGCUGCUGGCGGCGGCCGACGCGCAGCUGAGCGCCGACGCUGAGGUCGCGGCCCGCGACCUCGAGUCGCUGGCCCUGCUGCAGCUGGGGAACCUGCCGGGCCUGCUGCGCGACGCAAUGGCCCAGUCGCAGCAGGGGGGGGAGCGCGAGGGCGCCGGGGUCGCGCCGGGGGUUGCGGCGGCCCUGCGCUACGGUCCAGCAGGGAGCGUCGCGGAGAAGCUGCGUGGCCUGGUGUCGGAGCACGCCGCCUGGCUGCGCGUUAACUGCGGCCGCCAGGCGGAGAACUACGCCGCCUUUGCUAGGGACUGGGAGGAGGGCCGGCGUGCCCACGAUCCCCGUGCCGGCCGAGAGGAGCCUGCUGCAACCGUGGAGCUGGACGCCGAGCAGCGCAGAUUGUGGCGGCAGCAGCAGAGCCAGGCGAUGGAGGCUGCGGAUGAUCAGCCCCACGCGAUCGAUACCCCGUCGUCCGCCCUCACCACCAGCACGCCCAGCGCCGCGCUGGCGAGCAUCGAGCGGUUGGAGGCCAGGGCCACGGAGGCCCUGCUGGUGCAGGAGGUGCGGCAGGCGGUGGUGGGCACCGCAGGGACGGCGGCGGGCGCGGGCGUGGCGGGGUUCUUCGCCACCACCAUCCUGCCCACCACACUGGAGGACCUACUGGCGCUGGCGCUGGCCUCCGCGGUGGGCUACGUGUCGGUGGUGAACCUGCCGCUGCGCCGCGCGGAGGCCAAGCGCCGGCUGGAGGAGCUGACGCUGGGCAUCCUCGAGGCAUACAUGGAGUCGGACCUGGCUCAGCAAGUGGAGGCCUGCUGUGCAGGAGUGCGCGAAGCCAUCGCACCCCUCGAGGCGGCUGCUGCCCUGGAGGAGGAGAACGUGGCAGAGUUCCAGCGAGAGUGCGGGCGGCUGGGGGAGGCCGUCGAGGAGGUGCUGGCGCGCGUUGCCAGGCUGCACAUUGCGGCUGACUGA